UUCUGUAUAGAGUCACCUUAAUGUACUAGUGACGCGGCAGAUACGUAUAGUGUAUUCUGCAUUCUACUGUAUAAUAAUCACAUACACAAAUAUUGUACCGAGGCGAAACCUUGCUAUUAAGAAUCACUCAAAUUUUACUAUGUGUAUACAUAGUUUUCGAGUGCUAAGUCUGUGUUGUUUUCAUUUCUCUACUGAAAAUAUGGUACAGAAAUGAAAUGAAUGUGAUUUCGAAAAGUUAUUUCAAUUGUGAGAACUGUCGUCAUAUCUUCAAUGAAGAUUUCUGAUGAAUCAAUUUUAUAUAUUUUUAUAAAAUGAAAUUCUUUGUUUUGCAAAUUUUAAGAUUUGACUUAUCACAAAAUUUUUUAUAAUCUAUAAUAUUACUAUUAAAUGAUUAACAGAUGAGAUUAAAGUAUUUUGAAGGAUAUAGUAUGAGUCAACUUCAAAAUUGUCAAUCGUCAAGAAAUGAAACAAUAGUCAUUUGAUGCAUUUAUUACAUUUCCGUAAUUUGAAACCAAUGUAAUACAAUUAUAACAUUGUUGUACUGAUGUAUUAGUAUUGACUGAAUUUAGCUAUACUUUGAAAUUAAAAUGCUCCGCACAAAAUUUCGCAUUCAUACUUGCCAAGUGGUUCUACUUACGUCAUUGGUUUGGUUUUUCAUAGAUAUUUUGAUUCUCAUGUUCUACUCUGAUUGUAUAAAUGGUUCUGGUCUCAAUUGUCAAGUUAAUGAGUUGAACUACCCACAAAAAACAAAUGAUAAAGAAUAUUUCAAAUCGAUGCAUGAAUCUGCAAAAGACUUAUCUUUAAAUUCCAUCAUAGAAGUAGAAAAUGCCUACAAUAAAAAUGAAUUGAAGUUAUGGAGACCUGCAAAAAUAGUUCGAGAAAACGAAAAUUUACCAGGAGAAAUGGGCAAAGCUGUAAACAUACCUCCUGAACAAGAAUCCUUACAGAAAGAACUUUUUAAACUAAAUCAAUUUAAUCUUCUGGCAAGCAAUAUGAUUUCCCUUAAUAGAUCUUUAAAAGAUGUAAGAUUAAGUGCGUGUAAAAAUAAAAAAUAUCCAAAGCUUUUACCUGACACGAGUAUUGUAAUUGUUUUCCAUAACGAAGCUUGGAGUACCCUUCUACGAACUGUAUGGUCAGUAAUUAAUAGAUCUCCUACAUCUUUAUUGAAAGAAAUCAUUCUCGUCGAUGACUUCAGUGAUAGAGAUCACUUAAAACAAGACUUGGAAAAUUAUGUCAAAUCUCUUCCUGUUCCGACUUAUGUAUAUCGAACUAAAGUGCGAUCUGGACUGAUAAGAGCUAGACUUUUAGGAGCCAAGCAUACUACGGGAAAAGUCAUAACGUUUCUUGACGCUCAUUGCGAGUGUACGGAAGGUUGGUUAGAGCCCUUAUUAAGUCGGAUUGCAAGCAAUAGAAAGAUCGUUGUGUGUCCAAUCAUAGACGUUAUUAGCGAUGAAACUUUUGAGUAUGUCACAGCAAGUGAUAUGACUUGGGGUGGAUUUAAUUGGAAACUCAAUUUCAGAUGGUACAGAGUACCUCAAAGAGAAAUGGAUAGACGUAAAGGUGACAGAACUGCUCCACUAAGAACUCCAACAAUGGCUGGAGGAUUAUUUGCAAUUGACAAAGAUUACUUUUAUGAGCUUGGUACCUAUGAUGAAGGUAUGGAUAUAUGGGGAGGAGAAAAUCUUGAAAUGAGUUUCAGAGUGUGGCAAUGCGGAGGAAUUUUGGAAAUUAGUCCGUGUUCGCACGUUGGACACGUAUUCCGAGAUAAAAGUCCAUACACCUUUCCUGGCGGAGUAAGUAAAAUAGUGCUUCACAAUGCAGCGAGAGUUGCCGAAGUAUGGAUGGAUGAAUGGAGAGAUUUUUACUAUGCGAUGAAUCCAGGAGCUCGAAGUGUUAAGGUUGGAGAUGUUACUAGUAGACUAAAGUUAAGAGAAACAUUACAAUGCAAAAGUUUUAGAUGGUACUUAGAAAAUAUUUAUCCGGAAUCUCCGAUGCCUCUGGACUAUUACUAUCUAGGGGAUAUAAAAAAUUCUGUGAGCAAUGAAGAUGUUAAUUCAUAUCAAACUCAACAUUUUUGUCUUGACACUAUGGGUAGAAGAACCGGGGAAAAUUUAGGAAUAAGUCUUUGUCAUGGCCUCGGGGGAAAUCAGAUAUUUGCUUACACAAAACGGCAGCAGAUUAUGUCUGAUGAUAUGUGCUUGGAUGCCACUAAUCCCAAAGGACGAAUAAAAAUUGUCAGAUGUCAUGGUAUGGGUGGGAAUCAAGUGUGGAUUUACAAUUUUGAGAAUAAAAUGAUCAAACAUGCAAAUACGAAAUACUGUCUAACAAAAUCAUCAUCCAAUAAUGUAAUACUUCCAACACUAUCGGAAUGUGAUACAAAUUCAGCUGAUCAAAAGUGGUUGAUGCAAAGUAAAUUCAAAUGGCAAGCGAGCAAGUAGACGGAAUUGUAUUAUUAAAUAUUUGUACUAAAAAACUUUAAAUAAGACCUUACAAACUAUUUACAUUAUGUAAACAAGGAUGAGAGUUUUCUACAAAAUGCUAAAAUUCAUCUUCCUCAAAAUAUGUAUAUAAUAUUAUAAUGUUGUUAUAAAUAUUCCAGUUGACGUUCAUGUAAUUUGAUAAUAAAAUAUGUAUACGUUAUUUAA